GAGGUCGCGUCAAAAAAUUCGCGCUUCCGAACGUAGCCUUUUAUUCGAACGAUCGCAACGCGUCAUUAUUUCGCCAAAUAAUUGAUUUUAAUAGUGGCAAAUUAGUGUAGCCAUUUGCGUAAACAAUGUACGACCAGGUAACCCAAUUAAUGUCAAACGCCUGAUCGUUCGGCGCACUCGAGACCCGCGUCCGCUGGAGACCGUUUCCGAACUAAAAAGAGAUUUCCGAAAUGUCAAAAUUGUCGAAAUUGCUGCAAGUUACGGACGCGGAAAAACGGGCUGUCCUCGAAGAGUUCGACACGACCGACGAACAGUUCGAGGAGAACGUCAAACUUAUGAGGGAGUGGCUGGAAAAGUCGGAACAUCUGCCCAAGGAAAACAAUGACAACAAACUAAAAGUCUCGCUGUUGAACAACAAAAUGAGCUUGGAAAAAGCCAAGCAAUGUCUAGAAGGUUACUAUCGCGUUAGAACCACGUAUUCCGAGGAAUUCUUCGACAAACUCUUACCCAACACGGAAAUCUACAAGCAAGCCAAACCUCUGACGAUAACGGUCCCCUUGCCCAAACUAACCCCCGAUCUGUGCCGCAUCACCGUGUUCAGGUUCAACGAUCCGCAAGGCAAUGCUAGCGACGCUUUUCUCUAUUCCAUCAUGGCGCUGAUGAUGGCCGAGAUCCGGGUGGCGCAAGAUUGCUUCGCGUCCAACAUAAUCCUGGUGGACAUGACGGGUUUCACGUGGAAGAAUAUGGUUAAGUACACCCCAUCGAUUUAUAACAAGCUGCUAAAUAUUUUGCACUCCAUCAAUCUGCGAAUCAAAGCCAUACAUAUAGUUAAUCUGUCGCCGUUGAUCGAUCAAUUGAUGAGAUUGUUCCAAGCGCUGUUGCCGUUGAAAUUGCAGAACAGGAUACAAACGCACCACAACUUCGAUACCCUCCACCAACAUAUCCCGAAGGAAUGUCUGCCCGUCAAUUAUGACGGAAAAUUGAAAUCCGUGGAGGAAUUGUACGACGAAUGGUGCCAGCAAUUGGAAGAAAUGGAAGACACCUUCAAGAAGUUGCUCACGGCAAAGGCGACCAAGAAACUAGAACUGGACGAAUCGUCUCAGGCAAAUCUCGGUUUGGGCGUGGACGGUUCCUUUAAGAAACUCGCCAUAGACUGAAUCGUUGUAAUUCGAUUUAAAUCCAUAAUAAACGAAACUCGAUGGCAUCGUU